AUUUUAUAUGGGUGGAGCAUGUCUCGUGUGCCUCUACACGGGGGCGCUCUACAGUAGUGAGGGAACCAUAAGCGCAGCAGCAGCCGCAGGGCGACUCAUGUGGGAGAAUUUCCGGCAAGUCUUCCUGAAAAGAUUGCACGGCGUUGUCCCACCUUGCGAGGUGUGACGCUGCCAUACUCCACCAUCACAAGGUCACUACUCCCCCGCCUCCCAGCCUAGUCUUCCUCCAGCAGCGCCUCCAGCAGCGCCUCCACCAGUGCCUGCACCACCCUCACUCCUGCACCACCUGCCGGUAUAUCUCGCAUCACCCCACGAACUGAGCCGGGCCAAGUCAGACUGGUGGGAUGGUACGAAAUAGUAAAUAGAGGCCGGAAACGAGGUGAUCGGUGUGAUACAACGCUGACGGAGACUAUGAGGAAGGUUGUGGAAGUAACGUUGGUGUUGACAGCUGGAGUGUUGCCCACACUGGUGGCGGUGGCACUGGUCCACCUGCUGGGGAUAUCAGGCAUCGCCUGUGUGGGCAUCUUACUCAUCACCGGGGUGAUGCUGACAGCCGUCAUCAGGUCCUCCAGGAGGUGUCAGCCGCCGCCCGACUCAUCAGAUCAACACCAGGUUGAAGAGGACCGUCCGCCAUCGUACGAGGCCGUCACGUCCAAGCCUCCCCCAUACUGUCUACUGUACUCCAGUCCCCUGUCCCAGGGUGUCCCGGCCGGCACCGCUGGCUACGUCCCCGUCCACCUGGUGGUCCAGCACCGUCUGGCUGACAGGAGCGGGGUGCAGUGUUGCUCCUGCCCCGUCACGGACAGUGAGGACAGACUGCCCUCCUUCCUCGAGGCUGUCAGUCUGGGGUGUAGUCAGGCCUUAGAUGACGGUUUCCUUCAGCUCGACGGUACGAUGACAGCGCCUGCCAGUGGCACCACGGCCACCAGUUCGACUCCCAGUGGGACCACGACCACCAGUUCGACUCCUGGUGGGACCACACCCACCAGUUCGACUCCCAGUAUGACCACGCCCACCAGUUCGACUCCUGGUGGGACCAAACCCACCAGUUCGACUCCCAGUAUGACCACGCCCACCAGUUCGACUCCCAGUGGGACCACGCCCACCAGUUCGACUCCCAGUGGGACCACGCCCACCAGUUCGACUCCCAGUGGGACCACGCCCACCAGUUCGACUCCCAGUAUGACCACGCCCACCAGUUCGACUCCUAGUGGGACCACGCCCACCAGUUCGACUCCCAGUAUGACCACGCCCACCAGUUCGACUCCCAGAGGGACCACGCCCACCAGUUCGACUCCCAGUGGGACCACGCCCACCAGUUCGACUCCCAGUGGGACCACACCCACCAGUUCGACUCCCAGUAGGACCACGCCCACCAGUUCGACUCCCAGUGGGACCACGCCCACCAGUUCGACUCCCAGUGGGACCACGCCCACCAGUUCGACUCCUGGUGGGACCACACCCACCAGUUCGACUCCCAGAGGGACCACGCCCACCAGUUCGACUCCCAGUGGGACCACACCCACCAGUUCGACUCCCAGUGGGACCACACCCACCAGUUCGACUCCCAGUGGGACCACAGCCACCAGUUCGACUCCCAGUGGGACCACAGCCACCAGUUCGAUUCCCAGUGGGACCACACCCAUCGGUUCGACUCCCAGUGGGACCACAGCCACCAUUUCGAUUCCCAGUGGGACCACAGCCACCAGUUCGACUCCCAGUGGGACCACAGCCACCAGUUCGACUCCCAGUGGGACCACACCCACCAGUUCGACUCCCAGUGGGACCACGCCCCCUACCCGCCCUCCUAGAGGUCUACGACUAUUCAACACCUACACCCCAAGUGUACUAGUUCCACUGCGCUUCUAGUUCUCAAGCACUACAACGUGUCCCCCACCACGCCCUCAAGCGCCACAAGCAGCCCUCAAACAAUCGCUGGAGCGCUACAAGUAGUGGAGCAGCACCUUGAGGCGCCACCACCCACCCCCGCUGAAGGGCACCGAAGCAUCACGGUCUGGCGAGGGAGAGAGACGGGAUAUAUCACCGGAAAGUGUUCCUUCCGCUCUCGUGUUGGCAGUGGACAGGCUGCCUUGGCCUCCAGGAUAUGACUGGUGGCUUGCGUGUGUGUGUGUGUGUGCGUGUGUGUGUGUGUGUGUGUGUGUGUGUGUGUGUUAUAGUGACUGCCCACUCACAAUAACGUGUCUGACUCUUUGGACGCGGAGCAUUCAUUGUUAUGAUGACAGUGUCUUUGAAAACCACCAUCACCAUCAUCAUCAUACGCUCCACCAUCAUCAUUACACUCCACCAUUAUCAUCAUCAUUCUCAGCCAUCAUCAUACGCUCCACCAUCACCAACAAAUAGAAUAAAAACUUUUUUCUUUCUAUAAUCUUUUUCUCCUUAUGAGUUCUCUAUAAUUUUAAUAUGUAUUUAUUCUUCAGAUUGUUAUAAAUUAUACGUCUCUAA